AUGGUAGCCGCCAUUGCUGUCUUGCUCAAGGACGCAGGGAAACUGACUUUGGGACAGCCAUUAACUGUGUUAUCCUCCCAUGCAGUAGAAGCUCUGGUCCGGCAGCCCCCAGAUAAAUGGCUCUCAAAUUCCAGGAUGACCCACUACCAGGCUCUAUUGUUAGACACAGACCGAGUGAUGUUCGGACCAGUUGUCUCCCUCAACCCCACAACCCUGAUGCCCUUGCCAGACCCAUCCGAGGAGCACAACUGCCUCCAGAUUCUGGCGGAGGCCCAUGGCACCUGCUCCGACCUAACAGAUCAACCGCUGUCGAACCCAGAUUUCAUCUGGUUCACGGAUGGGAGCAGCUUCCUCCAAGAAGGAGAACGGAGGGCCGGAGCAGCCGUCACCACCAAAUCAGAGGUAAUUUGGGCCUCGCCGCUGCCACCCGGUACAUCGGCCCAAAAGGCAGAACUGGUUGCACUAACCCAGGCCCUCCGGAUGGCAGAAGGUAAGAGACUCACAGUCUAUACCGACAGCAGAUAUGCCUUUGCCACCGCCCAUGUUCAUGGAGACACCUUUUCAGGAUGGACAGAGGCCUUCCCUACCAAGAAGGAGACCGCUAACGUGGUAACCAAGAAACUCCUGGAUGACAUCUUUCCCAGGUAUGGAAUGCCCCAGGUAUUGGGGUCAGACAAUGGGCCCGCCUUUGUCUCCCAGGUAAGUCAGAAGGUGGCCAGGCUAUUGGGGAUCGAUUGGAAACUCCAUUGUGCAUACCGCCCCCAGAGCUCAGGACAGGUAGAACGCGCGAAUAGAACCAUUAAGGAGACUUUAACCAAAUUAACGCUUGCAACUGGCACUAGAGAUUGGGUGCUCCUACUCCCACUAGCCCUUUACCGAGCCCGGAAUACUCCUGGGCCCCACGGCCUCACCCCGUUUGAGAUUCUGUAUGGGGCUCCCCCACCAAUUAUAAAUUUCCUUCACCCUGAUAUCUCCUCUUUUGCCACUAGCCCUACUCUGGAGGCGCACCUCCAAGCCCUCCAACUGGUACAGAAGACGGUGUGGAAACCCCUGGCCGAUGCCUACCGGGAGCAACUGAACCGCCCGGUGAUGCCUCACCCAUUCAAGAUUGGGGACUCUGUCUGGGUUCGACGCCAUCAAUCCAAGAACCUACAGCCGAGAUGGAAAGGACCGUACACCGUCUUGUUAACAACUCCCACCGUACUCAAGGUUGACGGGAUAGCGGCUUGGGUCCACGCAUCGCAUGUGAAGGCCGCCAAAGAACCCGACGAAGCGGAGAACGCCGAGACGUCUACAUGGAAGGUUCAACGCUCUCCAAACCCACUAAAGAUAAGACUUAUCAGAGGGGAGGGACCCUAA